GCGGCGGCGGCAGUGCCGAGGAGGCAAACCGCGAGGUGUGGCUGUUCCCUACCGGCCAGUCUCACUCUGACGGCACUCCGCGGCUACCCCGGCUUCACCCUAUCUCCGGAGAGGCCGCUGCAGCUCCCAGUGAUGACAAGAUUGAUGGCUGUGCUGAUCUGUUCACCUUGGUGGAGGGGAAGCUGCAGACCGAGUUCCAUAACAUGGUCCAGGCGCUAUCUGUACGCUGGACUGAGCGGAGCCUUGAGGAGCUGCGCCGCUGUCGGCCCGGCCAGCUGGACCAGGACCAGCAGCAGCAGCAGCAGGCUCAGAGACAGGACCAGGAGCGGCGGCAGCUGCAGCACAGUGUCCGCCAGCUGCAGCGCUGGCUGGAGGACACCUACCGCGACCAGCUGCAGCAGCUGCACCAGAAGCUGCACCAGCACAAGGACCAGCUGCUCCAGCUGGAGUCAGAGACGCUCGAGAAGGCCCACACACUGUCAAAGGAGCCGCACGUGAUCAUUGACGCUAUGCGCUCGGAGAACUCUCAACUGAGACGCCAGCUGGCGGAGCUGGAGCAGCACCAGACUGGGCUGGAGCAGCAGGUCUCCGAGCACGAACAGGAGCUCAACACUCUCAGAGAGUACUUCCAGGAGAAGGUCAAGUUCACCGAGAACAUGUACUCUGAGGAGAUUCGGCGACUGAUCCAACAACAGGCGGGUCGGCCCGAGUCGGAGUCGGAGUCGGCGGCCGUUGAGACUGCGGACAGGGACGGUCUGGGCGACCUGGCGGAGCUGGGAGGAACCCUUACCGACCUCGGCCUGCCCGACGGAGCCGUAGACACGGCUGGUCCAUCCAUCCUCCGUCUCCGCGUGGAGUUCGAGCGGCGGCUGGCCGCCCUCCGGCAGCAGCUCGACAGAAGGGUGGCGGCGCGGACGGGGGACCUCCGCGCGGAACUGGAGCGGAAGCACCGUCAGGAGGUCAAGGAACUGGAGAGGAAGCACCUCACGCAGCUGGCGCAGACCGUCGAACGCUACAAGAAGGAACUGGAGGCGGGUAAGAGGGAGUCUGAGAAACAGAUCAGCGAGAUGCGCAGCCAGCUGAUGCAGCAGCACCAGGAGGAACUGCGGCGCCUGGCUCAGAAACAUCGGCGCAGACAGUCGAGCCGGCCCAGGGACGGCCACGGUGGUGGUGACGGCGCCGGUGACGCUGGUGCCGGUGACGCUGGUGCCGGUGAGGGAUCACCAUCUCCCGGGGAGACAGAGGACAGUCGUCGGCAGGCCCUACUGGCGGAGCUGGAGAACCUCUCGUUCGAGAUGAAACGCCAGAACGAGAGCGAACAGGCGGCGUUCCUGGAGCAGCAGCGCGUCUCGCUGGAGCGGUUCGCGCGCCAGCAGGAGCGCGCCAUGCGCCAGUUGGAGGCUCGCCAGCAGGCGGCGCGAGACGAGGCGGCGCAGGCAGAGCGCGAGCUUGUGACGCUGCGCGCGCAGAGCGCCGAGGCCGAGAUCAGGAGGGAUCAGGAGGCGGCCCGCUGGAAACUGGAGCUCGCCACCGGCUACGAGACGCAGAUUAAGGCGGUAUUGGCCGGAGUCACGUUGGACGAGGAGACUGCCGCGUCUGUAUCCCAGCUGCGGGCUACGCUACAGCACGACAGUGGCGCCGCCCUGGCGGAGCUCGAGUCUGCCCACCAGGCGGCGCUGCGAGCGCUGGAGGCGCGCCACGAGCGGCAGCAGCGAGAGCUCCGCCUACAGCUGGAGGCCGCCUCUAGACGGGAGCGACACCUGCAGUUGGAGCAGGCGCGGGACAGACUGAACGGAGUCGCAGACUGGUCGUCCGGGGAGCACGGCGGCGGAGCUACCGUGGAGGUGGCCAGAGACGAGCUGGAGCUGCUGCACAAGGACAGGGAGGAGCAGGCCGACCAGCUGCAGCGUCUGGGCGGCCUGGUGCGCGCCCUCUGCCAGUACUACCAGACCGCCGAGCGGCUGCACGGUCCCGCCCCUCCGGCCGGGGUGUCCGCAGACCCAGAGGCUGACGCCACUGACCGGAUGGUACUGGAGGCUCUGGCUCCUGACGAGGCUGUUUGUCUAUGGGCGGAGCGGGGCCACCAGCUACCUCGAGUACAGCGCUCGGUCCGGGAGGCCACCGCUCGACUCCAGGCGGCGGCGGCAGCAGCGGCGGCCGGCGGACAGGAUCAGAGGACAGAGAGGGAGGCAGAGCGGGCGGAGAGGGCAGAGCGCCGGGCCGCGGAGCUGGACCGGCGGGUAGAGGGGCUGACGGCUGAGCUGACGGCGGCCAGACAGAGGGUAGCGGCCCUGGAGGACAGAGCGCAGAGCGAGGAGCGGGAGGCGCUGGGGGAGAGCCGGCCGGCCGGACAGCCGGCGCCGCCACCGCCCGAGGUGACCCUGCAGUGUAUCAGGGAGGCAGCCGAGGCACUGCUCUCUGCGCCCGCCGACCCGGCCGACUCGCGUCUGCUGCUGAGCCGGGUCCACCAGUUGGAGGCGCUGCUGUCUGAACUGACUGCGCAGAGCGACCAGAUGGUGGCGGAUUGUAACCGGGAGGUGGAGGACGUCAAAGAGCAGAUGGUGGCCGCCGAAAAGCAGCUGCGCUCCACGCGCGCCUUUCUGGACGAGGUCACAGCAGAGAGGGAGGCAGAGCGGGACGAGUUUGGGCGGGAGACUGCGAGACUGGCCGAACUGGUGGCGGCCCGAGAGAGGGAGAGAGACGAGCAGGCGCUGCGACGGAGACAGUUGGAGGCGGUGGAGGCGCAGAACGCUGAGCUGAUGGCGGCCGCGCACGAGGGAGACCAGGAGAGGGUCCGACUACGCGACGAACUGAAGGCAGCCGUCAAUAAGAUCCACGACCUGCGUGACAUCAUCCGCUCUCUGGAGUCUCACGUGGACGAGCUGGGGGCAGCCGAGGGUGGAGCCGCUACCGACCGUCUCAGGGAGGAGCUACGCCGGCAGACGGCGCACAGCAGGCGCCUCCAGGCGCAGUUGUCCGAGUGUCGAUGCGCCGCGGGCCGACCGGACCCGGCUGGAGCGGAUGGCGCCGCGCCUCCCUCGCGCCUCAACUCGACUGCCGACAGUGAGGACACCACCACCCUCUCGGUGUGCCCCUCUCUGCUGCAGGAGCUGAGAGAUCAGAUCAUUCGUAUGGAGGCGGACGUGGACCAGCGUGUGGAGACGCUCGAGAACAGCUUCUCGUCAGCGACAGAGACGCUGUCACCGGCCGGAUCACGACAGGACCUAACGCAGUGUCCGGCCGGUGAGGACCUGGCCGGGCUCCGACACAAACUGGAGCGGCUGGUCUCUGUGGAGGAGGCGGCGCUGGCCCGGAUACGGCACCUGGAGACCGAGCUGAGCCGCGCCAGGGUCAGCCAGCAGGACCUGGUGUCUGAGCGGGGGCAGCUGCAGCAGCAGCUGGCCGACCAGCUGCUGCAGCUGUCGGCUCUGCGCGCCCGCCUGGAGCGGAGCAGACUGGCUGCGGAGGUGGGCACCGACCCGGGCCAGCCCAGCCGCGCCCGGCUGGCCUACCUGCAGGCAGAGCUCGACUCGGCCGCCAAACUGGCCAAGGCCAAGGAGAAACAGCUGGCCGACCUGUCCUGUCAGCUGGACGAGACGCGCCGUAAGCUGAUUGUGCGAGAGUCGGAGCUGGCCCGGCUGGAGCGGGAGAGGGAGACGGAGAGGGAGAGGACGCCACGGACCUCGCCGGCCGCCUCGCCCAGAGACGCCGCCGAGCUGCGCACACUGCGGGUCAAAUAUCGAGAACUGCAGGUGGGUGUCGGGAUUACAUACCAGCUACGAGUCUUCGGGGACUAA